AUGACUCAGCAGCUCACUCCUAUCAAAGGCCUCUCUGCUUCAUACCAUUCCACUUCGCCUUCCAUUCAUGCAAGGUGCACGGAGUCCUACAUCUGGCCUCGGUGGACAAGUAUCGAUACGGUCAAGUCGAGAUCCUUGUCCUUACCGCAACACUCGGAGCGCCAGUCUGUCACAUUACAGCAGAGCCAGAUCAGAUCGAAGAGAGGCACCAAGGACUCGGAAACCGAUGUAGUCGUCAAGAUCUUCGACAAGCUGCAGAAGGCUCUUGAGUCAGCGCCCGCUGCGAAUGCUCCUGCUGCUGACACGGCUCGACUUGAAGGGGUACCCCUCACUUCUUCCGGCCUAAGGUCGAAGAGAGGAACUAAGGAGUCGGAGACCGACGCUGUCGUCGAGAUUUUCCACGAACUCCAGAAGGCCCUCAAGGCGGUGCCCGCUGCGGAUGCUGCUGCCGAUCUAGGAAGGCAGGAGGAGAUUCCUCACUUCUUCCGGCCAUUCCAACAAAAGAUGCGAAUGAGCACCGGAGAAGGUCGCGCAAGUGUCAUCGUCAGUCUGCAGCCCAAAGGCAGCAUCAGCCUGGCGUUUGCAGCAGACAAGAUGAGGGAGGUUUGGGGUGGGGAGUGGCCGGUAGCCUACCUCGCAUACGCGCAGGGCCACCUCCACAUCCGAGGAACAGGGGUGAGGAGGGUGGACGACUUGGAGAUCGCUCUAAGUCGCGAUGGGGAGCAGUGGGUGGUAGCGUCGCCGGAGGCGCACCAGAAGCAGGCCUUGUGGGAAGGUCUCCUUCUGAGGCGCAGGAAAGACGAGGGAAAGUCCGGUCGCCCUUGGGCAGAUGAAAUCUGGUCAUAUGAGCUCGAGGAGUAG